UACAUCAUCAGUAGUUAGAAGGAUGGAAAAACAUAGUAUCCAAUCUCAAGAUUUGCUAGAAAUUAUAAAAGAAGAUAUGUCGGAUAUAGAUGAUAAUAGAGACGGUGAAGAUAAUUGUCCAAUAGACCAAAGCACUAUCCCUUCAGAAAAAGAAUCCUGCAAAAGACCUAGCGAAGAUACCACUAAAAAUAAAUCAUUCAGUAAAAAACCAAAACAGAAUAAAGAAAAAGGCGAUAAAAAAGAUUCUAAUACUGUAAAAAAACUUAUUAUAGAAUUAACAUCCAACACCUCUGAACAAAAUAAAAUAACUUCUUACCAAGUAAUAGUUACUGAAGAUGACCCACAACCUAUCGAUUUUCUAAAUUUAUAUACUAAAAUUACCUCUGCUAAAAGUGAAAGUCAAAAACAAAGUCAGAAAGUAAUUUUUCAAUACUAUAACUUCGGGAUGGCCAUAGCAAAACGCUUUAAGUUUUAUUAUGAAAAAUCUUAUAAUGUAAAUGAUGCUAAUAGUGAUGUAAACAAAGAAAUUGAAAAACAACUUCCCAAUGGUACUCCUGAAACUACUAUUCGAAAAAGAAAAAAAAGAGCCCAAAAGAUUUUUCACCUAUUUAGUAAGGUAGGAACAGAUAAGAUAGAACGAGUAGAAUCUUUUAGUGCAUUAACAAUUGCCAAAUUAACCAUUGAUCAAAUUAACUAUGUAAUAUCUCAAAUUCCUGAUAAACCCCCAACAGAAUCAAUCGUAUAA